AGAACCAAUGGAAAUUCCAACUGUCAGACAAGCAAUGUGAAGGAUUCUGGAGAAAAUUGCGUAGCCUGCCUUAGCUUUGUCCUUUGUUUCCAGUAAUGUGCUUCGCGCUGGACAUCCUGCAGGCAUUGGCUGGACGCCACGGUAUACACGGCAGUCGACAUGCAUGGGAUGUGAGUGAUAAUGCACAAAGCCCUCCAGGGACGGGAUGGCAUGAUACACGGUUCCUGCAUUGUUCGUUGACAUUUCCGUUGCGGUCGAUGAAGGCGAGGAUCCUGUGCGGAAGUUGUCCGCGCGGGGGCAAUUGUCACAUAACAGGUUUAUUAGACGAUCGAGACAUGACACAUCUGCACUGUGGGAGCCUUGUAGUGUAUCAACAAGCGCUCGGGAAUUAUCGACAAGGUUGUAGAUUCAUAAAUGCCGCAUGCGAAACUGCCUUGGACCCGUUCGGCACAUGUGCAGCUACGUUAUCCGUCGGAUGUCACAGUAUAUUCCCAUCCUUUAGCCCAUGAGAUUGCUUCGACCGGGGUAGAAAAGAGUGGCCUCAAUGAUGAGCUCUUCGUGAUUCAUAGAAGGUUUAGUUCAAGACGGGCGAAAGGUUGCUGAGGAAGUUCGUGUCACAGUUGAUGUCCGUGGCAUAUUUUAUAUGUGAACUGGUGUUGAUGGCAAACGGAGAGAACAGAAGACGGUUGAAGAGAUAGGUGCAAGAUUAUAACUAGGAUUAGUGUUACAAAGGUAGUAGAAGCGAUGGAAGAUGUCAAAGGAAUCUUGUUGGAAGAUCUGAAUUGAAGUAUAUCGAUCGGGC